UGCGUCACAGCUCCGUGCGUGGCGGGGAGCGCAGGGAUUGGUGACGCACGGAUGGCAGGGACGUGCCCCGCUGGCUAUAUGAGCUCAGUGGCAGCGCCGCCUCGGCCUUUCUCCGCCUCGCUCCUUGCUCUCGCCGGGAGUCGCCGCCCAGCCGCUCCGCUCCCCGAGGCCGCCCUCCCGCCCGCCCGCUCGACCCACCGCCGCCCGACGACGCCUCAGCCAUGAUCAUCUACCGCGACUGCAUCAGCCGUAAGCGAAUCUCCCUCAGCGCCGUCGAGGUCGGACCCCCCGCGGAGCCCCCACAGCGGCGCCCUACUGCGCUUGCGCGGCUCCGCGGCCCGGGCUAGGCACCUCGCGCGCCCUCCCGCUGCACUGCGCCUGCGCGGCACAGAAGAGAGGGGGAAGGGAGACUGGUUCGCGGGGGGGGGGGGGCGAGCGAAGACUGGCGCCCCGGCAUUCUAUUCACUGCGCAUGCGUCUUUUUGCCGCGGCUACCGCGCUUGCGUGAGCGGGGCUGCCGAAGGGGCCGUGGGGCUGGAGGCCUUUGGCGGCGCUUCCGGCGUGUUCCCUCUUGGCUUCCGGCGCAGCCUUCCCGAGGCCUUUUCCCGUUCCGGGAGGCGGCGGCGCCGCAUCUACCUCUGGGGCCUGGCAAGGCCUGGACCGGAAGGGCGGGAGGGAGGGAAAGAGGGGCGACCCCUGAGAGGAGGGUGGGGUUUGGGGGAGGGAGAAGGACCGGCCGACCAUGGGGAGCCCCCCUCACGCGCUCUCCUCCUUCCUCCGCCCGCAGAAGACGAGAUGUUCUCGGACAUCUACAAGGUCAAAGAAGUGGCCAGCGGACUCUGCCUGGAAGUGGAAGGGAAGGUAGGCUUUGUUUGUAAAUCUACUCGUUUUAUGUAGGUGGGGUUCGAACCCUGGUCUCUCCCAAGCCCCUCCCUAUAUUAUAGUAUAGCUCAACUGUGCUUUGGUACCAUGAGGCCCUUCUUUUAGCAGUUGCUACCCUUCACAGGCACUCAAUCAACUUCUGUUAUGGGGGGGGGGAUUUGACAACAUCUGAGGCAAACUGGGAAAUUUCAGCCACUUCUAUGAACUCAUAAAGUAACCAAAGCUCACAAUUACUGUGCAACGACCAUGUUUUGGUCUGCACAGUUGGAGGGGGAGAGAUCCAUGCUUUAGCCUUUCGUAAUCUAUGCAUCACCAUGCCAAUAUGGGUCACCUUUAUAACAGAGAUGUCACAGUGACUUGAGAGGGGCUCGGUUGCAAGAUAAACUCUGACACAUCCAUUAAGCCUCCAUAGUGGUAAUGACGACAUCCAGACUGAGUAAUUUGAGGCGUGGUGUUUUAAAAUCCCUUAAUUUUGAUGGAAAGACGUAAAAAGUAGCAGGUUGUGUGUGUGUGUGUGUGUGUGUGUGUGUGUGUGUUUCGAAAACCUUGAAAGUUAGAGUCUUAAUCAUAAAAGACUUCCGAUUUAAGAUUCUCCGGGCAGUUUAUUCUCCCUUUGGUGACAAAUGCCACUUGGAUAGCUUUGCUCAUAGCUGAACUAGUUUCAGGACUUAAAGCUUUGAGUAGAUUAAUGAACAGGAGCAGAUCAUUUUACAAUUAGAUUUUGCUUUUCAGUGGUGGUAUUUUUCUUCAAUGAAUGGUUUAGAUGGUGAGCAGGAAAGAAGGUGAAAUAGAUGAUGCUUUAAUUGGUGGAAAUGCGUCGGCUGAAGGUCCAGAUGGUGAAGGGGCAGAGGCUACCGUUGUCACCGGUGUUGACAUUGUAAUGAACCACCACCUUCAGGAAACAAGCUUCACUAAAGAGUCUUACAAGAAGUACAUCAAGGACUACAUGAAAGCGUAAGUUAUCCUGGUGUCUGUCAUUUCAAGGCUAGAAGACAGUUACGAUGAGGGUUAUAUAGCAAACACUCUUGGAAGAUGUCCAUAAGGUUGCAGCACUGCCUUCUGAUGGAGAUGGGCUGCUGGGAUCCACUUGUGGGGAUGAUUACAAUGGUGCCCUUAUUCUGAAAGAUCUAUAAUUUAAAGCCAUAACCACCUGCAUACACAUUUUGCUAAGAUACUGCUUUUCCCCACAUAUCCUGUUACAGUAUUAGAUAUUUGAAGGAUGUCCUCUUAAAUAUGCUAGGUUUGGUACAUUAUGUUUAAGUCAUCAAGGUCAAAAGGAAAAUGCUACUAGUGAGAACCCUAAAUCUUAAGGUUAAUUUGAGGCCACAUUUCUGAUACGGUAACAAAUGCACAUAGUGAUUGCAUUGCUGAUGUAAGCAUACCUCAGCCUUUCCUUAUAAGGCUUGGCUUCCAGACCUGUGAUCAUCUUGGUUGCCAUCCUCUGCACACAUUCCAGCUUGUCAAUAUCCUUCUUAAAUUGUGGUGCCCAGAACUGGACAUACGACUCCAUGUGUGGUUUGACUAUGGCAGAAUAGAGUGGUAUACCUUCCCUUGAUCUGGACACUAUGCAGCAUCAUACUGUUGGGCCCUGGAUCUUUUUCACAUGUAAGCUGGGUGUCCUCCAUCUUAAACUUGUGCACCUGGUUCUUCCUGCCUAAGUGCAGAACCUUACAUUUGUCCCUGUUGAAAUUCAUUUUGUUACUUUGCGCCCAAUUCUCCAAUCUGUAAAGGUCAUUUUGAAUCCCAAUUCUGUCUUCUGUGGCAUUAGCUACCCCUCCCAAUUUGGUAUCUACAAAUUUGAUGUGGAUCGCCUCAAUUCCAUCAUCGAAGUCAUUUAUAAAGAUGUUGAACAACAGUGGGCCCAGAAUAGAACUCUGUCACCCCACGUCGCUUUUUCCUAGGAUGGCUAGGAACUAUUAAUGAGUUUUUGAGUUCUGUUAGUCAACCAGCUACACCUUUUACCAGCUUCUCCACAAGAAUGUCAUGGGGAACUUCAUCAAAAGCAUUACUGAAAUCAAGAUACACUAUGUCCAUAGAAUUCCCCAGAUCCAACAAGCUUGUGUAUGCUUCUUAAAAAGCCACACAAGUUUGUUUAGGUGCCUCCCACUUUCUGGAAUUGUCUGCAUUUGUGCCUUCAUUAUUUCACCUUUAACAAUCUCCCAUCUUGGGCUCCCUUUUCUUCACUAUUUUUGACCAUGAGAUCUCACUCGGUACUUCAGGCAUAGGCAGACUCGGCCCUCCAGAUGUUUUGGGACUACAACGCCCAUCACCCCUAGCUAAGAGGACCAGUGGUCAGGGAUGAUGGGAGUUGUAGUCCCAAAACAUCUGGAGGGCCGAGUUUGCCUAUGCCUGCAGUAGUUCCUUAAGCUUCCAGAAAUCGGCCUUCUAUGAAAUCAGUCUAUGACCGAUUACACUCAGUUUUCCCUUUCCCUGUAUCAUGAAAUCCAAGGCGACACGAUCACAUUCUCUUAAAAUUCCCAGUAAGGACCAGCUGGGAUGCAAACAACUCAAAGAGAGGUGCAACCAAAAGAUCCUGGUUAUUGGCAGAACUGAUCAGUGGCUGUGCUUUUUGCUGUAGCUUCAUGGAGUUAUUAAGGCUCUGUAUUACAGAUAUGAUGUAACAGUUGCUUUAUAUUUAGAGGCCAGAUAUCUGGGCCAAAGGCAACCCCUUCUUUCGAUAUAAUAUUGUCUAUUCUGCUAUUUUACUGUUGCCUCAAUGGAAGCACAUACAGAAAUAUGCUGGCAUAUUUUACCAUGUCAGUUUAUGUGGCCUUGUGUAUAAUGUAAAUGUUCCCAAGAAAUAUAAUUUAAAACUGGCAGAUAAAGUAAAGCACUAUCCAUGCAGGGGAGCAGUAAAAAGCAAUGCAGUGUUUUCCUUUCAGAUCAGCUAUUAGAAACUUUUGGGCACAAUCCUCAAACUAGUUAAAUUGCAGGUGUCAGAAUUGUUGGUGUUUUUCCCCUAGAAUCAAAGCAAGACUUGAGGAAACAAAGCCAGAGAGAGUAAAGCCGUUCAUGACUGGAGCAGCUGAACAAGUCAAACAUAUCCUUGCAAACUUCAAAAAUUACCAGGUAAGUUCCAAAGCUUCCUCUUUUUUGUAACAUAUUUUCGGUACUUGCAUACUGUGAAGUAGCUUUUGCUGCUUGUUUUAAGACUGGCAUUUUGUGGGAAGUGCCUGAUGCUUGAGCCAAGGAAAUGUGCAUUGUUAUGUGAGUGAAUAUUAGUGCUUUCUGGGAACUUAGUUGCAUCAACAGAUUUUUUUUUCUUCUGAAAGUUUUUUGUAGGCGAGAACAUGAAUCCAGAUGGAAUGGUGGCGUUGCUGGAUUUCCGUGAGGAUGGUAUCACUCCUUAUAUGAUUUUCUUUAAGGAUGGAUUAGAAAUGGAGAAAUGUGUAAGUAUAAAUUCCCGAGAGAACUUGCCAAGAUCUUGUGCGGUUUUAAAUUUUGCUUGCUGAUAAAUGGGGUGAUUUGCUGCAGAAACGAAACCCUGUGUCCAUCUAGUCCAGCAUUUUCAACUAACCAGCCAGGUACAUGAGGGAACAGCCGUUGUUCUCCCAGAAACUUGUGUUCUGUAGCAGACUGCCUCUGAACCUGGAGAUUCUACUUACCUAAUCGCAUCUUAAUAGCCAUUGGUAUCUGCUUCAGGAGUUCACCUAAUCCAGGGGUGCCCAAACUUUUUUCAAAGAGGGCCAGAUUUGAUUAAGUGAACAUGUGUGAGGGCCGACCAGCUUUUUUUUAGGAUUGAAGUUGUGGAGCUUUUUUAAAAAAACACUUUUUUAGGAUUUUACCCAAGGACAUAUACUAGCAUGGGGCUGGAUUAGGCCCCCCAAAUAGACUUUGGACAUGCCUGAAAAGCCAUCUAAGCUUCUGGUAAUCAUAAUAUCUAGUGGGAGGAAAUUUCAUAGAGUGUUGUAAGUAGUAGCUUUUGUCUGCGUACUGGUGAUGAAUUGUGUGGCCAAGCACUAGAGGAAGAAAAAAUAAAUAUGCUUUCUCCACGCCACUCACUCAUAUCUCUGAAAUUCUAACAUCUUUCCUGCAUUUUCCAUGGGAAAAAAAGAAAAGCCCAAAUGAUACCGCCUUUUCUAUCAACUUUCCUAGCUCUGUAGUAUCCUUUUUGAGAUUGUGCAACCAGAGGUUUGUACACCUUUGUGAAUGAGGCUGCACCCUUAAUUCUUAAGGGUAGAGUGAUACUGGAAGUUCUGAAGUUCUGUACUUCAGAACUAUCUACUCCAACUCAAAGGACACAUCCUUUGUCACAGCCAGUUUACUCUCCCAUCAGUUUGUAUGAAGCUGGGAUGGUUAUUUGCCCUGAAUGCAGUGUUUUUUAAGUCUUACUCUGAACUUCAUUCUCCAUUUUUAAAUUUUUGCUUAUUCAUCUAGCUUGGAGAUCCCUUUUCAACUUUUUUGCAGUUUGGGUUUUCAGUAUCCCGAAUAAUUUGGUGUCUGUUACAAACUAGGCUACCUUGUUGCUUACUAUUGAUUCUCGGUUCAUGUGUGAACAAGUUCAAUAGCCUCUUAGUUUAACUUUCUAGAUUUCCCCAGAGUUCUAUAAAAAAAAAUCUUUCAUUUCUCAGUUAACAACGCUGAUAGAAGACAAACUAUUGAGCUAUUGACCAGUCUUCCAUACAGCUUAGCAUAUGCAUUUUCUGCCCUGCUGGUGGGAGAUUCUUUAGGGAAGAUGGUGGCUGGACUCCCCAGCCAAAAAAGUGCUUGGGUUCGCUCUUCUGUUUUUAAGCUAGCUAGUCAGGAGUGUGGGGAAAGUGUAGGCCUCUCUUAAGUUGAGGCUCUCCUGCCAAUGGCUUAAAUAGAAGACCAAAUCAUUCAGGUGGACAGGGGUAAGAACAGAAAAUGCAAACGGUGUGGAUUGUUAGAUUUUUUUUUUUUUUUAAAAAAAUGCUGUUGCUAGAUUUAAAUCUCGGGAGGUAUUUUAGCAGUCAUGCUCAUUAAUUCCAGUAGGUCUACUCUGAGUAAAGCUUUGUUGACCACCGCACUUCGCUUAAUAUCAAACCAAAACAUUUAUUGGCUGUAUUUUGAUAUGGCUGUUGAAACCAUUACCCCCUUUCCGUGAAUACUAAUCAAGACUGGUACCCUCUCAAACAGUGCCUUAGGGAAGGAGUUGAGAUGCAAGUUCUGAAUGUUAAGCAUCUGCUGAUAGGCUGGGAACAACUACUUUUGCUCUCUAGCUUGCAUAAAGAUGCAACAGCAAUUUCCUUGCGCUUUCUGUGUGCCUGAUAAACGUGGCAACUCAGAUUGAAUAAGGGAGAACAUUUAAGAGAGUGAAUAUUUAAUGAUGACGUAAGGAAUUGGUACAAGCAUAGGCUAACUCUCAUUAAUUUCUUAACAGUAACAAGAGACCAACCCUUCUGGAUCAUCUAUCAUCAUCAUAAUUGGCUGCUGUUCUUUAUUCAUCAACAAAACAUCAUGACUCAGCAUUGUUUGAAAACUGGACUGAUGCCAUCUUGAGCUUAAUUUGAUUUAUUUUGACCCUGAAUUAAUUGGAGUGGAGGCAUUGGUUUUUAAAAACUUGUCAUGUAGGCUGUCUAAAAUAAAGAAAAACUCAUUUAAACCCAGCAUAGAUAAUGCCUCUUGGUUUAAUGCAUUCAGCAGGGUUCUCCAGCAAGCUUCUUGUAGCUCUUGUGCAUUUGGAUUUUUGACUUCAGUAGCAUAGCCUGGCCUAACGCAUGUGUCAGACUGUCGUCCGAUACUGGUGACCUAGAACUGGAAGAUGAGCCGGCUACAACUGACUUGCUUCUAAACACCUGAAAAUGAUUAGUAGAGAAGAAGGCUUUCAUUCUGAAAUGGACCGAGUUUCCUGCUGUUCAACAAACCACAAUAGCUAGCUGGAGGACAGAAUUGGAAGACUGAAUACAGACUGCUGAUUAGAGUUCUGAACCAGUCAAGGAGAGAUGGAUUUCAUCAGUUUAUCAUGGCAAAUUAUGACUAAGGCAGAAGCAAUGGAACAGCAAUCUUUGGUGGCAGAAACAAGCAUUUUAGGCAGGGAGUCUGCACACAAGAGGCUGUAGUUCAAAGUAAUUAUAACUUAAAAUGGAAAAGUAGUACUGGUUUUAAUCACAGGACACUAAUAAUCUUUGUGGUUUAUCAAAGCCUAAAUUGGUUAGUUGUGGUGGUAAUGGCAACCUUAAGCACUAGUCCAAAGAAUUAGUGUAGACAACAUGUGCAUCAUACUGUUUUUGCUGAUGUUUGCAAAGUCCUGAAGUAUAUUUUAUGGGCUGUGUCAGGAGACAUUUGCUUGACAGGCCAUGAUAAAGUAAAUUGGUUCCCAUAGGAUGCAAAAAUGAGAGCCCUGUGCCUUUUCCAUCGUUCCACUUUCUGCUCCCCUGACAUGACAUUGUUCAAAGCAUAAUACGAAGUGAACUUUGCGCUUGGAGCAAGGUUAAAGAAGCGUGUCAAAGCCAAGCAAAUGCAACAUGGUUUUUAAAUCAGGAGGGCUGCUAUGAUCUCAAAAUGGCAAAAGCAAUAAAAUUUGCUACAAAUUUAUACUGGUAGUAGAAGCCAUAAAGAUAGUUGGUUUGCAUCCUAGUAGACAAAAGAAAAGGAAGCUUCUUUGAGAGACUUGGCGUGCUACAUAUACUGGUAGCAGUAGUUUGGGAAUCUUCCCUGGUUGGCACUGUGAGCCUAGAGCAGUUUUGAAUCCUUGUUUCCAAAAAGAUCGGAAACCUGGCGUGUAGAGGAAGUAGCCAAGCAGCUAAUUGACCGCUUGCUGUGCUGUGUAUCAAGAGUGUAUUAAGAAAGAUACUUAGGCUGUGUAUUCCUGAGACUUCUACAUAGUCUUGCAUGUGUGUUACUGUUUAGUAGUACAGUUUUGUUAUCCUUUUUAGGUUUUUCAUUUUGGUUCCCCUUUGAUGCUUCGAUGCUUGUUCUAUCCCUCUUUCCCAUCUAGCAGCUUCAUCCUGUGAAUGAAAAAAACAGUGUAACACCAGAAUGCUUGCUGCUCAGAGCAAAAUCAUUUGGGGGGGGGGAAUGGAAAAGGGGGUUGCAGAUACUGUGUACAGCUUGUGGUCUAUUUUUGUUGAUGUAUCACUGAUACUACUUUUACAUCAAAACAAAAAUUGACCAAUUAUCUGCUGAAGCAAGCAGAGUUUUGUCAGGCAGUGUGGAGUGAUUCAUUCCCCCCUCCAUCAUGUUUAACUUGAUUUUGAGAAACUGAUCCCUAAUAGGAUGUCUGUUUCCCCCCAAAAAAUGAAUUCCUCUGCAAGGAAUUCAGUUACUGGCCCACUAUGCUUUUGUUACUCUGCCCCUUACAGCUUCCUGUAACUUCAAAAUCUGUUCUGGAAGGUUGAGGGGAGCUUCCAGGGCAUUUUGGGGGGUGGGGGUGGGGAGAAGGCACUAGUUUUGUUCCAUGAGUGAAGCUCCACUUCACUCCAGAGGAUAGCUUGUAGCGGGCAGGAGCUGGAAAAGGUUUUCCACCAUCAAAGCUUCUCUUACAGGCUGGUAUAAUCCCAAAAUGAACAAAAUUAGUGUAUUAAAAAGAGUGCCAAAGUAUUGGUAUAUUUGACAGGAAAAACUUUGUAGUUAUUUUUUUGUACCCCUGAAUCUGAAACUUUCCUAUAUUGCUACUAUGAUUACAAGAAUGCCUUUCACACUACCUUGAAAAAUUUCAGGAACCCAUGCACUUUACUAAUGACACAUUCAUGUCUCAUAAGGCCCAAAGUACAAAAUUUACACAUUUAGUGCACCCAGGAUCAAACUUAACUGAAUUUAGCUGUCUUAACAUGUGAGAAUUGGCUGUGAGAGGGGAACUUUGCAAUAGCACAAGUUUUUUGGGCUGUUACUUGAAGUAUAAUAAUUUCUCCACAAUGUUCUUCCCAAAUCUCAGUGUUUCCUACACAUGGCCUAAAAUGAGCGGUGGUGCAGGUGGGAGUCACAGUUUGCUUCAAUAUGCACAUUGCUGUGGAAAAGCUGGAAGCUGCUCAUCUUGGAAGGGGAGUUUAGUAUGGGCUUAUUUCACUGUGGCCUUGGCUGCACUAGCUUAGGGAAAGGAUGGCAGAUAUGCCACAUGUUUUCCAGAAAUUUAUACGAACAUCCUGUGGGCAACCCCCACCAUAUUGCAGGAAAUGGCUUUCUCCCCCUUAUUAACAAGUUUCAGGUAGUUCAAAAUGUAAGUGGAUGUUUAAAUUCUUGUUCUGGGUUGUGUGAUUAUUUGCUUAUUUCCAGCUGUGUUGAAAGAUAACCUUGCUAGAGUGAAGCAAGGCCAUUAUUUAAAAAGCAGUGGCUGGUGCAACAAAAAAGCAAACUCUGCUACCAUACUGGUUUGUGGUAUUUGUUGCAAAUUACAUCAAUCUCUGCUCAUCCCCAGGUUUUAGAAUAAAAGCUUUCCUGCUGACUGGUACUAAAGCAGUUCAUGAGAAGGAUGCAGAGGGGGGGGGGAGCUGCUGCCUGUAGACUAAAGUUCGAUCAGUUAAUACAAAAAGAAAAGGAAGGUCACUCAUGUCUGCCAGUAACUCAUUUUUGUGUUACGUCUACAGAAUUUGGAUGAUCUACAAGAGAAGGGGGCAAUAUAUUUGUCCUCUUAGCCCAAAGUCUGCUGCAUUUGUGCACUGGAUAGGCUAAAUAAAAAUUUCAAGAGUUGUUAAAAUCAUCCUGCUAUCAUAUUCUGGCUACAAAACUAGAAGCACUUUUAGCUCUGAUGGUAACGUAAUUUACACAGAGUGUACCCAAAAACGCACAGCAAAAGUGCAGACGUUUUGCAUGCAAGCAGAAAUGACAGAAUUAAACUAGAUGCAGCAAUGGCCUGCUAAAGUAUUUGUGUUUUAGUUAUUAUAUAUAUAUAUAUACCACUCUUCAUCCAACACCUUUGGUUCAUGUGAAAAAAGUCUGUUCUGAGGCCCAUGGUGUGGGGGGUGGACAGAGACUACUAUUACAGAAAUCAGCCUUUCACUGAAGCUACUCCAGACUCCACCUGAACAGUGACCUUAAUCUCAGUAUUUCAGAUACAGUCUUGGCCAGGGUUCUCAAUUUCCUUUUCCCUCUUCCCUUUUGCCAUUUUUGCAGUUGAUUCAUAUUUGUUAUCCACAUCUAUGAGCCUCUGCGCACACAUUUUGCGUACUGCUUCAGUUGCCACCAUCUUUAUAGUUUUUUGCAGUACCCUAAACAAUUCAGUUCCCCAAGGUAGCAGAUGCUCAAAGCAGCUUUGCUACAAAAGAUAUUCAAGGCAGCUGACCAAAUUUCAAAAGUCUACAUACACUAACAACUUUGAUUGCAGGUAGAACAGUAGACUCUGAAGACAAGCACAAGGUUUUUAAUCUGUCUCUCCAAAAGCCUGAGCCACGAUGGCACUGUGGGCAUGUUUGUAACAGCACCUUGGUGUGCAAAUACAACUGGUAAUCAAAUUUAGCUUAACAGCAUGGCUAACUUCAGCUGAUGUAUGCAAACUAGGGUACUGUGACCCAGGAUAAAGAUUAAAAAGUGCAUUGGUCUCUUGUCCCAGGUUACUGAAGAGGGCACAUGCGUGGCUUCUUGCCUUGCUCUCAGGCACUGUUACGAACAGGAGUCAGUCGCCCUCCAACUCUUCCUUCUAUAGUUUCAAUCUGCAGCUGCUCAAAGAAAAAUAAAUGAAGUGAAAAAUCCCUAUGCUUAUCUGCUCAGUCAGAUCUUUUACCUCCUAAACUGGUUCUUAAGGAAGGUCUGAUUGGCUCCUAAUUUCUGUAAAAAGAACGUUUGCACUACUGAAAAAGUGCAGGAGUUUGAAGGUCCCACAGAAAUUGAACAAAUACAUGAACUCAGGAACUGAGUAAUGCUUAGCAGCACCUGCCUCUUCCUAAUUUCUAGAAUGGCUGGUCAUGUAGAAUACUGAUCAGCUGACCCUUGUGGCAUAAAGCCACCAUGAACGUUUUCAAUCUAAAAGCAGAAGAGGAAGCAUUUUGUGUUUGUACAAAUUAGAAACUGCUUUUAUUAAUACAGAAACAAAAUAAUUUUAAUACAAAGAAGUCAUUUUUACUUACUGUACUUAAAUGCUUUCGUGUUGUAUUAAUUUCCUCUUCCCAUCAUUUCAGGAGCUAUUCAAACUAUGUUCCACUUCUAUUUCUUAAUAAGGCAUAAUUCAAAAAGUUGGGCAGCAACCCAUAAUAUGGUCAGGACCAUACAGAAUUUUAGUAAUGAAAUAAACACAUCUCUGCAAUAAAUAAUACCAGUCCUUACUAACAUCGUUAUAUUUUUACAAAAUGUAAAAAAAUAAAAAUGAUCAAAGGCCAAUUAUUACAAAGAAACCUAAUGCAUGUUUAUUCUUUAAAUAAUAUGUUUGCAGAACCAAAACAUGUUUCUUGCAGAAUCUUUUUUUAAUGAAGCUAGACUUCUUAAAAAUUAUCAACACUUAGCAUUUUAAGGGUGAACAGUUCAGCAACUUCCUGCUCCCACAAUUGACAACUUUCUUGCUGGCUUAACAAUUAUGCUAAUCGCUCUUAUCUUCUCCUUGGUAAUGCCUGUAUUCUGGCUUAAGUUCCCACGUGUUUUUGUGUGUUCCCUUAACGUUGUAGAUGCCUAUUUCUCUUAAAAUUUCUUUCAAGUAGCUCUGGAAAAAAGAAAAAGAAAAUAUUUAAUUUGAUAUUAAUAUCAGGCUAUUUUACAUUAGUAAUAAAGAUGGUACUAAAAUAAACUAGCCUAGGCC